AUGGCCGAUGGCGCGCCCGAUCUCCCUCAGGACGCCUCCGUUUGGGCCGCGCUGGCCCUCGCCAUGUCAUUCAAUAUUGCUAUUGGCUCGCUCUACUGCUUCAUCAUCGAUGGACCUCCACCGCCUACUGCCGCCAUUGUGGAGCCGUGGUCACGGGCUAAGUCAGCCGGUGCUAUCGUUUCCUGCAUCACCGCAGCUGGUAUAGUAUCGUUCAUGCUCCUUGCCUGUGGGGGUGCAUCAGGGGCCAUUGCAGCUCGCAGUUGA